GCACUCAUUAUUAAUCUGAAAGAUGAAAUCGAUUGUGUCGAUAGUACCAAUAUUUAUUCUAAUAUUUCUAUCAUAUGUUAAUGGUGGAAUUCUUUAUCCAAAAGUAUCGAAAACAAGGGAGCUGCAAUCUUUGGAUGGACUCUGGUUAUUUUCUUUAAAUACCAAUGGAAGUUUUAGUGAAAGUACUGGAUUAUCGGGAACGAAGACUGAUAAAGACAUUCAUUUAAUGCCAGUGCCAGCAAGCUUUAACGAUAUCCCAACUACUUUAGAGGUGCGUGAUCAUUUGGGACCAGUUGUCUAUGAAAGAGAAUUUCUAGUACCUGCUAAUUGGAAAGAAAAUAAAAGAGUUUGGUUACGAUUUGGAUCGGUUUGCUACUCAGCACAAGUUUACAUUAAUGGUGAACUGGUGACAACUCAUUCAAUUGGUCAUUUACCAUUCGCUAUUGAAAUAACAUCGUACCUUAAUGAUGAAGAGAAUGUUUUGAGAGUAAUUGUUGAUACUACACUUGAUAAAAGCAGUAUUCCACAAGGUUCUAUUUCCCAUUUACCCAAUGGGAGGAGGUAUCUAUCAUAUACGUUCGAUUUCUUCAACUAUGGUGGUAUUGAUCGACCUGUCAUUUUAUACACAACACCACUCACCUAUAUCGACGAUAUUGAUAUAACAACUACCGUUCAAGGAUCAACAGGUAUUGUGUCAUAUGAAAUAAAAAUUGAAGGAGAUAAUAUUCCAGUUACUUACGAAGUGACAGUAUUAGAUAGGGAUAAGAAAGAAGUAGCAAAAAAUAGCGGAAGUAGUGGUGACAUAAAAAUAGCAAAUGCGAACUUAUGGUGGCCGUAUCUAAUGCAUGAUGAUCCUGGUUACCUUUAUACGCUCAAGGUUGAAUUGAUUGGAAAAGAUAACACUCCAAUAGAUUCCUAUUCAGAGAAUUUCGGUAUAAGACAAUUGGCUUGGAACAGUAACACUUUCACCAUAAACGAUAAGCCCAUAUACUUUAGAGGAUUUGGAAGGCAUGAAGAUUCGGAUAUCCGUGGGAAAGGUUUGGAUCUACCAUUAGUGAUAAGAGAUCACAACUUAAUCAGAUGGAUUGGGGCAAAUGCUUACAGAACUUCUCAUUAUCCUUAUGCCGAAGAAAUCAUGGAUAUGGCAGAUAGAUUGGGAAUAAUGAUUUUGGACGAAGUACCCGCCGUUAAUACAGAGAAUUACAACGAUGAGUUACUUGAGAACCACAAAAGAUCGUUGACGGAAUUGUACCACAGAGAUAAAAAUCGACCAAGCGUUGUAGUUUGGUCUAUCGCAAACGAGCCCAGAACCCAAGUAACAGAAUCUGAAGAUUAUUAUCGACAUAUUUCUGCUCAUAUCAAAUCAUUUGAUAAAAGUAGACCAAUAACUAUUGCUAAUUUAUAUGGAUACGAUGUGGACCACGCCGGACAAUUUUUGGAUAUCAUUGCGGUUAAUAAAUAUGCUGCCUGGUACGAAUAUCCUGGACAGUUAGAUGUUAUUACUUCAACGGUUAUUUCCCAACUAAAAGGUUGGCACAGCAAACAUAAUAAACCCAUUUUUAUGACAGAGUAUGGCGCUGAUACUUUAGAAGGUUAUCACAUGUUGCCAACAUAUAUGUGGUCGGAAGAGUUCCAAGUUAAACUUAUGUCUGAAUAUUUUAAGGCAUUCGAUCAAGCGAGGAAUGAGGGUUGGUUCAUUGGAGAGAUGAUUUGGAAUUUUGCUGAUUUUAAAACGGCAAAUGAUAUUAGAAGAGUGGGAGGAAACAAAAAAGGAAUUUUCACAAGACAACGUCAACCGAAAAACAGUGCACAUUUCUUAAGGAAGAGGUAUUGGUCCCUUGCUAACAAGUUAAAUAAUGUUGACAUGCCGACAGAUCUUGAUGAAUAUGUGAUUGAAUAAAACUGUUAAAAUUCA